AUGUCUAUGAGAAUUAUACCAGCUGAAUCGAGAGAGUCGUUUGUCUCCUCUACACAAAAAAAUGAACCAUCCAAGAAUGCACCAGCAUUGUCUGAAAUCAUGCACAAUCAAAGCGGUCCAGUAAACAUAUCCUCACAAAUAAAUAACCUUCAUCCUUUACAGGGACGAGUCACACGCUGGGAUCAAACUCAACAAGACGCAAGAUUUGAAACUUAUAGACGUAUAUUUGGUGCCGGAGACCCAAUAAAACGAUCCAUGGAAUUAGCUAUUGUUGAAAACACAGACUUUAAACCUGAAUGUCUUGGGGGUAGUAGUAUGAUGCACAGGGAUAUUUUAUUGGGAAACGAUCUGAGUUUGGACUGGGAAGAUGUUUACCCUAAUGGCAUCGCCAACAAUGGGUCCACUGUAAGAGACAUGCACAGUGAAAUAGAAAAGAGAUUAGGUCUUUAA